AUGCUCUGUCGAAACGCCCUCCGCAGAGCUGUACCGCGCUCACAACCAACCUCACAUCUACGACGAAUCAAACAAAUGGCUGCUCACAUUUCCAACGGCAAUAGCGCAUUGUCGCCUGCGUCUGGGUAUGAAGGCGCAACACUCGAGGACCUCCCCAAGUCAUGGCACUUCACCGAAUCCCUUCCUGCCGACUCCAUGUUCCCGACACCCGCCGACUCUCAUAAGACUCCUCGAGAUCAGAUAGGUCCCCGACAAGUGCGCAAUGCCGCAUUUACCUGGGUGCGCCCUGAAGAACAGAAAGAUCCGGAGCUUCUGGCUGUCAGUCCAGCCGCUCUGCGCGACCUGGGAAUCAAGUCUGGAGAAGAAACGACAGAAAACUUCAAACAAAUGGUAGCGGGCAACAAGUUGUAUGGUUGGGAUGAAGAAAAGCUCGAGGGUGGCUAUCCCUGGGCGCAGUGUUACGGAGGAUUCCAAUUCGGACAAUGGGCUGGUCAGCUUGGUGAUGGCAGAGCUAUCUCCCUCUUCGAGUCAACCAAUCCUGCCUCGGGCGAACGGCAUGAGCUUCAACUCAAGGGUGCCGGUCUGACACCUUACUCGCGAUUUGCCGAUGGAAAGGCUGUUCUGCGUUCUAGUAUCCGAGAGUUUGUUGUUUCAGAGGCACUCAACGCUCUUAACAUCCCCACCACCAGAGCUCUGUCGCUCACGCUGCUGCCAGAUUCCAAGGUUCGUCGAGAGCGGAUUGAACCAGGUGCCAUCGUUUUACGGUUUGCGCAGUCCUGGAUACGCCUCGGCAACUUUGACAUUCUGCGUGCUAGAGGAGAUCGUAAAUUGAUUAGACAGCUUGCCACCUACAUUGCAGAGGACGUCUUUGGCGGUUGGGAAAAAUUGCCUGGUCAGCUGGAAGAUCCAGACAAACCUGUUGAUUCUCCAGCACCCAACCGUGGGGUAGCUGCCGACACCAUUGAGGGCGCAGAUGGUUCUGAGGAGAACCGAUUUACCAGAUUCUACCGCGAGGUCGUGCGUCGCAAUGCCAAAGUGGUAGCUCACUGGCAGGCUUACGGAUUCAUGAAUGGUGUCCUGAACACAGACAACACCUCCAUUUAUGGACUGUCGAUAGACUUUGGUCCAUUUGCUUUUAUGGAUAAUUUUGACCCUGCGUACACACCGAACCACGACGAUUAUGCGCUCCGUUAUAGUUAUAGAAACCAGCCUACUAUUAUCUGGUGGAACCUUGUUCGCUUUGGCGAGGCCAUCGGCGAGCUCAUGGGAGCGGGGGCAGAUGUUGACCAUGAAAGCUUUGUCACAGAAGGCGUCAAGAAAGAGCAAGAAGAAGAGAUUGUGGCACGAGCUGAAAAGCUCAUCACACAAGCUGGAGAAGAGUAUAAAGCCGUGUUCCUUGCAGAGUACAAGCGACUUAUGACCACCCGCCUAGGUCUCAAAACGCAAAAGGACAAAGAUUUCGAGGUGCUUUUUAGCGAAGCUCUCGACACCAUGGAAGCUUUGGAGCUUGACUUCCAUCACUUCUUCCGUCGUCUCAGCAAUGUCAAGCUGCAGGAUUUAGCCACUGAAGAAGCCCGCAAGGAGACGGCGUCAGUUUUCUUCCACAAAGAAGGUCCUCCCACCAUCACAACUGAAGAAGAUGCUCGAGCACGCCUUGCCAUCUGGUUGGAGAGCUGGCGGGAGCGCAUCAUUGAGGAUUGGAAGGACGAGGGAGACAACGUAUCAGACGCAAAGGACCUUGAGAGAAUCGACGCGAUGAAGAGGGUGAACCCCAACUUCGUGCCUCGCGGUUGGAUUCUUGACGAACUCAUCCAGCGCGUAGAAAAAGACGGCGAACGAGACGUGUUGAACCGUGUCAUGCAAAUGGCCCUCAACCCGUUCGAAGAUCGCUGGGACGGCGAAACUUUCGACGGAAAGACGUACACCGGCAACAAAGAUGAGGAACUGCGAUGGACGGAUGAUCCCCCUCAAUCCGAGCGAGCUAUGCAGUGCAGCUGCAGCUCAUAA